AUGAACAACGAGCAGCCUCGCCGUACAAGUUUCGGCAUGUUGCUUCGACGCAGUAAGAGUGGCGAUCUAGGCAAAGGCGGCCGUAAGGCGCAGGCCCAUAGGGAGGCCGAGCUUGAACGACAACGCCAGGCCUCUACUCGCAUCGCUCCCAAGUUACCUGAAUUCGCAAACCAUUCCGAACAGCUUUCCAAGUCCUUUGGCUCCGAGUUGCGACCCGAAUCGCCAGCCAACGUUCCUCGAUCCGUGGACUACUCCUCCAUUCGACCCUCAGCCGAACACUCAAGAGGCUAUGGGGCUCCUUCGCAUGCCGUGUACCCAGUUCCGCCAUUGCCCAACGGUGGUUUUGAUCCGUAUGCCAGAACUGAGAGCAUGACAAACCGUGGCCGUUACAGCUAUGCUAGUAGUGCUAUCAGCACGGUCAACAGUCCACGUCGUGUUCGCAGAAGAAAGGAUCCAACACCUAUGAACAUUCUAGUCAUUGGCACUCGCAACUCUGGCAAAACCUCGUUCCUUGAGUUUCUCAAGACAGCGCUUGCUCUCCCACCCAAGAAGCGUAUCAAGAAAGGAGAAGACGAGGUGUCCGAGAACCGCAAUACUCCCUCUGGAAACUUUAUUCCUCACUACCUCGAGACUGAGAUUGAUGGCGAACGCGUUGGCCUCACUAUCUGGGACUCCGAAGGCCUUGAGAAGAAUGUGGUCGACCUGCAGCUUAGAGAGAUGUCAGCCUUCCUUGAGAGCAAGUUCGAGGAGACGUUUGCCGAAGAGAUGAAGGUCGUUCGAUCUCCUGGUGUACAAGAUACCCACAUCCACGCCACCUUCCUCGUUAUGGAUCCUUCUCGCCUUGAUCGCAAUAUUGCAUCCGCGAGGAACCCAGCCAUAAACGGCCAGAACAAUGGUCACCUCGGUGCACGUGUGCUAGGUAGUCUGGAUGAAGAUCUUGACCUGCAGGUCCUACGCACGCUCCAGGGCAAGACUACAGUCAUUCCAGUUAUCGCAAAGGCUGACACCAUCACCACCAAGCAUAUGAAUGUCCUGAAGAGAAGCGUAUGGGACAGCAUUAAGAAGUCUGGUCUGGAUCCACUGGAAGCCCUUGGCCUAGACGAGGAAGACGAAAGCAGCAUCUCAUCUGGAAGGAUUGCCGAGGAGGAUGAGGAUGAAGAAGAAUUCGACCAUGGCGUGCGUGAUGGUGCUCAAACUCCGGAGAGCGAAGAGUUCCCCCUGCAAGGUCAAAGGGAAAGCCCAGCUGCUUCGCCAAGCUCCAAGAGACUUUCCACCAGCUCCAUUCGACGACACAAAGCACAAGAGGAAGUUAAAGAAAAGGAGGACGAGAUCCCUUUCUUGCCACUCUCAAUUAUUAGCCCUGAUCUCUACGAGCCCGGUGUCAUUGGCCGACAGUUUCCUUGGGGAUUUGCUGAUCCUUACAACGAGGAGCACUGCGAUUUUCAGCGUCUCAAGGAGGCUGUCUUCACCGAAUGGCGCGCUGAGCUGCGCGAAGCUAGUCGGGAGCAAUGGUACGAGGGAUGGAGAACAAACCGGCUUAAGCAGAGGGACACCUCUUUUCGCCACAGAUAA